ACAUUAGAGUAAGACAAUCAAAGACAGAGUAGGGCGGGUCAUGACUUCGCCGUCCUAGGAAAAAAAUCGUCUACUGUAUUCAGGCUGUUUGCUGUACGUCUCAAGUAGCUAAACUACGAGAACAAGUACCAUUAAAGCAUACCAGGUUGGAGAUGAUGGAGGAGACGGAGGAGCAGUCAAAGACGGAGCAGUCAGACGCCAAGCAGCCAGACCUCAGUUUGAGGAAGGGAGACUACGACGGAGAGAGCCUGAGGCUGCAGAUGGUGACUUGGAACGUGGCCACAGCCGAUCCUCCGGAUGACGUGAGCUCGCUUCUUCGUUUAAGCUCUCCAAAGAGUCCAGACCUCUAUAUCAUUGGUCUGCAGGAGGUGUACGCAAGACCACUGAGAUUCCUGUCAGACAUUGUGUUUGACGAUCCAUGGAGUCAUCUGUUUAUGUCCACGUUAGCACCACGGGGCUAUGUUAAGGUGUCCUCCAUCAGAAUGCAGGGUCUACUGUUGAUUUUCUUCUCCAAACUGGAGCAUGUGCCCUUUAUCAGAGACAUCCAGGCAACAUACACACGCACAGGCAUCUUCGGUUACUGGGGUAACAAAGGUGGCGUGUCCAUCAGUCUGUCUCUAUACGGCCACAAACUGUGUUUCCUCAACUGUCACUUGGCAGCUCACAUGAAAUACGCCACAGAGAGAGUGGAUGAGUUUGAAUACAUCAUGGACACGCAGACGUUUGACUGUAAAAAGGCUCCAACAAUUCCUGACCACAGACUGGUCUUCUGGUUUGGAGAUCUCAAUUUCCGAAUCCAGGACCACGGCAUGCACUUUGUCCGCACCUGCAUCAACAAUCAAACCUACAACCUGCUGUGGAGCAAAGACCAGUUGAUCAUGAUGAAGAAGAAAGAGCAGGUGCUCGAGGAGUUUGAGGAAGGGCCCCUGGAUUUCCAACCCACGUACAAGUUUGACUUAAACUCUGAUACUUAUGACAGCAGCGGUAAGAAACGUAAACCUGCCUGGACAGACAGGAUCCUGUGGCGGCUCAGACCCAAAGCCCCGCCCCCCGACGAGCAGGAAAACAACGUCACUGUGGAUGCGAAACAGGUCAAGCAGCUGCAAGAGGAUGAGGAGUACCCGUUGAAGAUCAGGCAGGACUUGUACACCAGCAAUAUGGAGUACGGCAUCAGCGACCACAAGCCGGUCAUCGGCCUUUUCACACUGGAGCUGAGGAAGAUGUACGAGACUCCUCUGGUGCGUCUGCAGGCAGAGGGCGACUGGAGCGCCGACAUCGACGCCAUGGUUCUCUACAGCCCCUUGCAGCCGUUCUCCUCCAGCACGUGGGACUGGAUCGGACUGUUUAAGGUCGGGUUCACCAGCCUGUCGGACUACACCACCUUCACGUGGGUCAAAGAUGAUGAAGUGGCCUUCAACGAUGAAGUCACGCAGGUAUAUAUUAGUAAAGAGGAAAUCCCUGUGCAAGGAGGAGACUUUGUGCUGGCCUACUACAGCAGUACUCUGAAGUGCGUCAUUGGAAUCAGUGAACCUUUCAAAGUCCACGAAUCCAAAGUAGCCAUCGAGGAAGGUUUGGUGCCCGAGAGGAUCAACAGUCUUGACAAAACCGUAGCGGGUGAUCCCUUUUGGAACUAGACGUGGUACGAUGUAGAGAUGGAUCCAAUCUGGCCCGGUUCACCUGAACCACAAGGAGGCUUUUAAUAAUUAUGUUUCUUAACCUGUCACCAGCUGAAGGAGCAGUUUAGGAAAUAUGCUGUCUGUUCAUGCUGUUAGACUCUCCACUGAAAGCUCUAAUGCUACUGGUUUAGAUAUAAGUUACUUACACCUCUGUGGUCAGCACACUUUUUUUUUUUUUAACUGGUCUCCAGGGUCACACCUCCAAUAAUAUAGGAAGAAGAGUUGAAGGUCUGACUAAAAGAAAGGCAGCAAACAUGAACAAUCUAUCACCUGACCUAAAAACAGAGAAUGAAUCGAUUAGAGUGCUCAAAUCAAAUUUAAAUUGGCAAAAAUCGAGACGUGCCAGCUUUUAGUCCUGGCCUGAAGCAUAAUAAACUGACAAAAUCACUGCACUGUGUAUGAGAUAACAUUAUGAGAUAUGAUGCAAUGAUUUGACCAAAUAUGAUGUGUUUAGGUAAUGAGGAAUGGGAGGGAAAAGGUUAAGUGCAUUGAUACAAUGGGAGGUAAAAAUAUGUGAUAUGUACAGGCCUGCUGCUUUGUAGGAUCAGUCCUGCUGUAUGUGUCAGUUUGUGAGAGGAAGUUCUCCUUUCAAGGCCGUGGUGAUAGAUCAAAACAUUU